CCCUUUGUGGCAGCCGCCAUGGCGGCCGAGCGGCCUCCGCCGGUGCGGGCCCAACCUCCGCCCCCCGCUCCCGUUCCCGGCCCCGCUCCGGGCCCCGCUCCGGGUCCCGAGCCCGCGGCACGAACCGGCCUCAGCCUGCCGGGCAUCCUGCACUUCAUCCAGCACGAGUGGGCGCGGUUCGAGGCGGAGAAAGGGCGCUGGGAAGCGGAGAGGGCCGAGCUGCAGGCGCAGGUGGCGUUCCUGCAGGGCGAGCGCCAGGGCCAGGAGAGCCUCAAGCUGGAUUUGGUGCGCAGGAUCCGGAUGUUGGAGUUCGCCCUCAAGCAGGAGAGGUCCAAGUACCACAAGCUGAAGUUCGGGACGGAGGCGGCGCCGGGGGAGAAGCGCCCGGAGGAGCCGGUGUCCAACGGCCCCGUGGAGCUGGAGGGAGCCUGGCAGGAGGGGAGGCAGCUCCUGCGCCAGUACCUGGAGGAGCUGGGCUACACCGACGCCAUCCUGGCCAUGCGCUCGCGGCGGCUGCGGGCGCUGCUGGGCCGGAGCCCCCCCGGAAUUCCGGAACUUUCCGCGGGAAUUUCCCCGGAAAUUUCGGGAAUUCCGGGAAUUCCGGGAAUUCCGGGAGCCCCCCCCAGCCCCGGGAGCCCCCCCAGCCCCUCCCCCCCCCCCGGCUCGGAGUCGCUGCUGCUGCGCCGCAUCGAGGAGCAGAUCCAGAGGAACGCCGGGAAGGAGCCGCGGGCCGGGCUCAGCCCCUCCCCCCCCGAGGAUGACAGCGAUGAGGAAGAGGAGCCGGAGAGCCCCUCCCCCACCCCCCGCAGGAGGGGAAAGGAGGAGGAGGAGGACGAUGAAGAUGAGGAGGACUCGGAGGACGCCCUGGGGGAGUUCGACUUCCUGGGGACACCCGGGGACAGCCGGGAGAGCCACCGGUGCCACCUGCGGGACGGGGACCUGGGGCCACCGCGGCCACCGCGGCCACCUGAGGGGUGCCCGGCUGUGUCCCCGGCCGGGGCGCUGGCCCUGCACGGCCUCGGGGACCUGGCGGAGCUGACGGUGACAAACGACAACGACGGCGGAGACGUGCGGUCGCUGUGCCCGCGGCUGACGCUGCGCAGCCACUUUGACGCCGUGCGGGCGCUGGCCUUUGUCCCCGGGCACGCGGCGCUGGUCACGGCCUCCGAGGACGCCACGCUCAAGCUCUGGGACCUGCAGAGGCCGCUCGGCCCCAGGAAGAGCGCGGCGCUGGACGUGGAGCCGGUGUACGCCUUCCGCGGGCACAGGGGCCCGGUGCUGGCGGUGGCGGUGGCGCCGGGUGACACGGGAGGUGACGCGGGUGACAUCGGUGUCACCGGGCUGUGCUGCAGCGCCGGCGUGGACGCGCGGAUUCGCUGCUGGCGCCUCCCGGGGCUGGACAGCGACCCCUACGGCGGCUACGACCCGCGCGUGCUCCGGGGCUUCCUGGACGGUCACUCUGACGCCGUCUGGGCGCUGGCCUUCGAUGUCACCGGGCGUCACCUGGCGUCGUGCUCGGCCGACGGCACCGUGCGCCUCUGGGACCCGCGCGGCGGGGACGGCAGCGCCGCCGGCCGGGGGGGCACCGUCACGGGCACCUGCCUGAGCGUGCUCGACGGGCACCAAGAUCACGGUGUCCCCACCUCGGUGGCCUUUGUCCCCUCCCAGCCCGCCCAGCUCGUGGCCGGGUUCCGCUCCGGUGCCACCGUCCUCUACGACAUCGAGGCCACCAAGGCCACGCUGGUGUCCCCAAACGGCGGUGCGCAGGUGAACCAGGUGCUCGCCCACCCCUCGCAGCCGCUCGCCAUCACAGCCGGCGACGACCGCGCCAUCCGCUACCUGGACACCCGCACCGGUGCGCUGGUGCACUCCGUGGUCGCUCACCUGGACGCCGUCACCUGCCUGGCCCUGGACCCCAGCGGAGCCUUCCUGCUGUCCGGCAGUCACGACUGCUCUCUCCGCCUGUGGCACCUGUCGGACCGCACCUGCGUGCAGGAGCUCCCCGCCCAUCGCCGCAAGCACCACGAGGCCGUGCUGGCCGUGGCCUUCCACCCCCGCCGCGCCCUCAGCGCCAGCGCCGGCGCCGACGCCCUGGCCAAGGUGUUCGUCUGACGCACCUGGGCACACCUGGGCACACCUGGGCACGGCCACGGCACACCUGGGGACAGUGACAGGACACCUGGGCACGGCCACGGGACUCCUGGGCACACCUGGGCACACCUGGGCACGGCCACGGGACACCUGGGCACACCUGGGCACAGCCACAGGACACCUGGGCACACCUGGUGGCAGCUGGGAACUCACCUGGUGGCACCUGGGCACACCUGGGCACAGCCACAGGACACCUGGGCACACCUGGGCACUCCUGGGCACAGCCACAGGACACCUGGGCACACCUGGUGGCAGCUGGGGACAGCUGGACAUACCUGGGAACAGCUGGGAACUCACCUGGUGGCACCUGGGCACACCUGGGGACGGCGACAGGACACCUGGGCACACCUGGUGGCAGCUGGGAACUCACCUGGGCACACCUGGAGACACCUGGUGGCGCCUGGGCACACCUGGAGCCAGCUGGGCACUCACUGGGAACUCACCUGG